AUGGGAGUGCGGUUCCCUUAUGAUGGCUUUGCCUUGGGAAGCAUCGAGCAUCCCAUGUCAGACCUCAACACGUUUGACCUGGCUGCCAAUUACACCAGCUCAAGCAUCUGCCUCAUCACCAACCGCCACAAUGGCGUACCAGGACUUCAGCAGUACCCUAUCCUGACGCCAAUUGGACAGGGCUUUGGUGGCCUCCAGAUGCCUGUCCACUAUGGUGGCCAGACGUAUCAGGUCAAGAUCUAUCCCCGCAUUGUGCACCAGAUCAAGGCACAGGCAGGCAACCACAUGCUGACCAAGCCCAAGCAGGUACAGGCAUGCAAGCGGCGCCGUGCAACCCUUGUAGGCCACUUGGACCAGAUGGAAAAGGUGCAAGGGUCGGCUCUGGGUGGAGUACGGGUGGAGGCAACAGUGACCAGCCCAACCCUGCACAUGGCGAUCCAGACCAUUGCACACACGCCAGUCCUCAGCAUGGCUGAGUACAUCAACCCAACGUACGAGGAGAUGCAGCCUUACAAGAUACGCUGCCUCCGUGUGCCAAAAGAGGACUACCUUGCCAACCUGCGGCAGCUCCUUUCCAAGGCUGAUGAGCAGGAGGUCUUCUCUGGCCGCAAUCAGAGCGUACCUCACCCAGAUUCCCAGCAGAUCAUCAUUGAUCUCUUCAAUGCCCUGGGAUGGCACACUGGCCGCUUUGAACCAACCCGGUGGAACAAUCCUGGAGCGUGGUGGCUGCACUCUCCUGGAGAGGCUCCAGUGGUGACUGCUGGUGACGUUGCAGCCACAAAGCAGGCUCAGGAACGCCAGCACCCUUCCAAGCACCUGCUGAAGAGGGCAAUUGGGACCAUGGAAGCACUACGCAGCUUCUACAACCAGGUCAAGAGCCAGUUGGCGUGCCCUAAGUGCAGCAAGGCAGCACCAGCCCUGUUCAACCAGGGAGGGCGCCGUCAGUUCAGGCUGCAGUGCAAAGGCUGCAAGGCACGCUUCAACCAGGACCAGGCCAGAGAAUACUUUGGUCAGCUCUUGGACUGCGGCCAGCUCACUCUGCCAGAGUCUCUUGCGGCUCUGCUUCCGGAGCCUCAGGCAGACUCUGAUGUGGUGACUGAGGACGAUGAUACUGACAUGCCAGACCUAGGCAGCAGCUCAGACUCAUCAUCCUCUGGCAGUGACCAGGCUCCUGUCCAUCCUCUGCAUGGCCCACGUCGUCAAAGCUCCAGGCUACGUGCUCAGGCCAGGGUACCAGCUGAGCCUGCGUUGCAGGUGGAAGCAGAUGAGGUGGAAGUGCUCUCCAGGUUUGAAUCGAGACCUGUUGUGCUGCUUCCUGCCUGUUCAGGUCCACCAGCUGCAGCGGCAGCCAAGUACACUCCAGACCCUGCCCUUGAGGCAAUGCUGGAAGAGCUUGAUGCUGAGCUUGGCCUUGGACAGCAUCAGAUAGCUCCCCCUGCUGUCUUGCCAGCCCGCCUGCUGCCAUCCAGCCAGCCACUUGAGGCAAGGCCCAAGCUACGGCCUGUCCAUGGCAUUGCUGAUAGAGAUGUGGCAGCUGUCCUGAGGACCCUCUACAAUCUGAAGGUCAGCUCCAUCAUCACAAGGGAUGGCAACUGCAUGUUCAGGGCCAUGUCCUACCAUCUGACUGGUAGCCAAAACCUCCACAGGGAGGUCCGGAAACAAGCCAUCAACUGGCUUGAGCAGAACCCAAGCAUACUGCUGGGAUUUGCAGCGCACGGAGAAGGCCACUUCUCAGCUUCCACUUACCUUGCCAACAUGGCCAGGCCUGGUGAGUGGGGCGAUGAGAUCAUGCUCAUGGCAAUCUCCCAGGCGUACAAUGUCUCAAUCUUGGUCUCAUCAGGCAGAGACCCCGAGACAGGUGACUUCAACGUCACCAUCUACCCCCACAGUGCCCCAGGCCCUCACUACGGUCUGUGCCACAUUGCCCAGUCUCAACACUAUGAGCUCCUGUUCCUGUGA